AUUCCGGUUCUGUUGUUUUUUUAAAGAAAUCUGUCUAUUGAAAUGGAUUUUAAGCUAUUUGUGAUAUUGGUGGUAAUAAAUACUUCGAAAUUUUCAGUUUGUGCCCCUUCCCGUAGAAUUGUUAAUGGUCACCGUGUAUAUGCAGAGAAAAGGUAUAUGGUUUACCUUUUGAAGUCUGAAAAGUCCAACAUGAAUUUGUACGAUAGUUGGUUGUGCGGUGGGGCCAUAGUCUCACCGACCUUUAUAUUGACCUCAGCUGCUUGUUUGUCCGAUGUGACGUACCUAUACGCAAUUGCUGGGUACGACAAGUACGUCAAAUCAGAGGAUCUAGAUUCAGAUCCUUGCACUAGAGAAAGAAAACAGAAGAUCGUCAAAACUUGUAUACCACAAAGGUACAAAUUCUCAUACGGUAAUUUUGUAUGGACUAAUAUAGACAUUGGACUGGCGAUAGUAGAAAAACCUUACGAUUUCAAUGAUAUAACGUACCGAGCGCAUUGCUCGUACGUGCCGGGCCCAAUAAGAAUCAAUUUCUCCCCAUUAACUCAAAUAAAUGGCACUGAUGUAUACGUUUACGGAUGGGGACAUGCUCUCAAAAUCAGAACGUCGGGCGACUAUCAGGAUUACAAUCAGGAAUAUUUGCAAGUAACGACAUCACGGAUUGUUGAAAAAAGCUAUUGUUUGACGUAUUUUAAAAACCUUACGGACAUAAUAAACAAUUUCAUGAUUUGUUGCACUGGAACAGCGUAUGUAUUCACGAAUGGAACAAUGGAUGCACCGAUAUCAACCUAUAACAACGGUUGCACCAGACGAAAUGCCAACGGAAAUUGCGACAAACCUGACUACCUCAAUUACGAUUAUGGGUUUGACUCAAGAAGAAAUGCAAAUUUUACAGUUGAUAAAACCUCGCACAAUUCAACCGACCUAAAAGGGGAAAUAGUUAGAAGGCAAGGUGUCAUUUGUCAGAACGACCAUGGCGGCCCCCUUGUAGCCUGGGUUGGGUCUGAAGAGCUUGUGUUGGGCGUGGCCUCCACCAGUCUCCACUCGCAGAAGUUGCACUGCAUACCACCACACCUGUACACCAGCACACAAUGUACCAGCCUGUUCCUCAAAUGCGCGCUAAAGGACCCAUCAGCUUCGCGCAAGUCAUGCGAUGAAAUGGGUAAAAUAGCUGGAUAUGAAAUACAUGAAACUGAAAUUGAUUGGGGUCAACACGACGGAAAUGCAAAUAAUGACGCAAAUGGGACUAAAACAAAUGCUAUUGACAAAGAUGUAUUCAAUUGGAACCCAAAUGAAUCAGACAAAAAAAAUAAAGGUGAUUUAAGAACAAAUGAAGAAAACCCAAAUAAAAACAUAGAUUCGGUCGAAGAUGUUGUCAUAUUGUAAUAUUUUAAAGAUGCCGAAUCAUUUUUUAAUGAUCACGUCUUAAAUUUUUAAUAUUAACAUGUAAAUAAUAAAAUAAAUAAAACAUCAUUAUUAAC